UUUUAAACCACUGAUCAGCCAUGGACGAAGCAACCAAGGAGCUACUGGGCGAGCAUCACCAAGCACUCGCAAUAGCAGCAGCAGUGGUACUGGUUGCAGGAGUGGCGAUUUUCAGCCAGUCGCUGCCCGACUGCCUGAUGAGCCAGCCAGUACAUGCACUGGGACGGAUCCACGCCGGCAAGGUGUUCUUCAAGAUCCCCUCGCCCAAGCACCUAAAGCACCACCUUGAGAUGCUCACAUCCAGCACGCAUUUUGGCGGACGCGACUACGAGGCCGGCAAAUACACACAAGCGGCCAAAGCCAUUGAGUACUAUCCGUGGGUGGGCAUGCCGGCAGACCGGCAGGUGGUGGUAUUCAAUGGCACAACGAACAAAAUCGAAUAUACGGCUGAUUUAAAAGAAGACGAGAUCCCCGGCGACCCGGCCACACAGUACAGGACGAAUCUGCCGGCAUUCCACGCAUACUCGUUCAGCGGCAAUGUCUCGGGGCCCUUGGUGUUCGCAAACUACGGCGAAUCCAGCGACUUCCAGGCCUUAUCAUCCUGGAAUGUCAGUGUCAAGGGCCAUGUGGUGCUGGUGAAGGCUGGGCGGGUUGCGCUGGGCGUGAAGGUGCAGCUGGCAGAGCAGCUUGGCGCACUGGGCGUGCUGGUAUUUGCGGAUCCACAAGACGAUGGGUCUGGGCGCGGCAAGGUCUACCCAGACGGGCCCUGGCGGCCGGCGGGCUCUUUGGAGCGCGAUUCAGCCGCCCUGCAGCACAUCUACCCAGGCGACCCACUGACGCCCGGCCACGCAGCAACCAGGACGGCGCCGCGACUCCACCCGGCAGAUGCCAAGAACCUGCCUGGCAUUCCGUCCCUGCCGCUGCCCUUCCGCGCCGCCUUGCCAUUGCUGCAGAUGCUGGCGGGCCACGGAGUGCUGUUCUCGGGACACUGGACAGGGCCAAGCCCUUUGCACGUGAAUGUUUUGAACUCGGUAAAGUAUGAGCAGCGGCCGAUACGCAAUGUCAUUGGGCGGAUCGCCGGGGAGGAGGAGCCGGACCAUGCAGUGAUCAUUGGCAGCCACCACGACGCCUGGAGCGCCGGAGCCGCGGGUGCGGGCGCCGGGACCAGCGCGUUGCUGGAGGUGGCCAGGGGACUGGGCCAGCUGCUGAGGCUCGGGUGGCGACCGCGCCGCACAAUCAUCCUGGCCUCGUGGGAUGCCAGCGAGCUUGCCCAUGUGGGCGCAACCGAGCUGUGGCAUACCUUGCACGUGACGGGCGUCUCCGGCCACACGCUUGCCGCCGCAUCCUCGCCGCUGCUUGCUGGUCUGCUCAAGGAUGUGGCCAGACAGGUGCCAUUGGCAAACAUAUCGCAUGUCGGUUUGCCAGGCAUGCAUUCGGCUGCGUUCCAGAUGCACGGUGGCGUGGGCUCGCUGGAACUGGGCUUCACGGGGCAGCCAGGCGCUCACCACGCAAACCACGACAGCCUGCAAUGGAUGCUCAGGUUCGCCGACCCACAUAUGCGCAGACUGCAGGCGAUUGCGCGGCUCAGCGGCAUGCUGCUGCUGCGCCUGGCCGACGACCCGGUGCUGGCGCUCCGUCCCACCGCCUACGUGGGCAGAAUCCGCAGGAGCCUGCAUGACCUGGAGCGGCUGGUUUCCCGGAAACACAACGCGACCAGGAGGGUUAGGCAUAUCCGGCAUGCGGUGAGAGUGCUGCAGACAAACGCCAUGCUUGUUGAGCAUGACUACGCGAGGCUGCGGCGCGUCUAUGGCACCGGCUGCCAGAUGUCGGGCAGGCGGCGGGCUGCGUGCGUGCGGCUGCGCAAGUCCAUCAACGACCGCGCCUACAAGCUCGAGCGCAUGCUCACCGACCCCGAGGGACUGGCUGGCAGGCGGUGGUACAAGCACGUGAUGCUGGCCCCCGGCAGACUCACAGGCACGCAUGUGCAGGAGUUCCCGGGGCUCACAGAGGCCGCGCUGGAUGGGCACUGGCGGAGGUUCCGCGCGCUGGAGAAGCGCACCGGCGACAUUCUGUACGAAGCCGCGUGGUUUCUACGCGAGACGUGACAAUUCGUAUAUUG